AUGCCAGGAAGCCUGCUAGGAGCAGCAAUGCCCCGCAUGCACGGCCUCCUGGUGAUUGCCGCCGUCAUGGAGUGCCUCGUCCUCGUGUCUUUGUCGCUGGUUCACUUCUCUGGCGCUAGCCCCCCGCCAUCACCAGUCCGCUGCGCUGCCGCCGGCAUGACCGACUGCACCGUGACCAACGCGUACGGCGCAUUCCCGGACUGUUCCACAUGCCACGCUGCGGCGGCCGUCUUUCCGGCCUCCGAGAAAGAGCUCCUGGGCAUCGUGGCCAACGCCACGAAGUCCGGGACCAAGAUGAAGGUGGCCACGCGCUACGGCCACAUUGUGCCCAAGCUGGCAUGCCCCGGGGGCGACAGCGGCCUCGUCUUCAGCACCGACGCCCUGAACCGCGUCGUCGGCGUGGACGACGGCAAGAAGGAGAUCACCGUGGAGAGCGGCGUCACGCUGCAGCAGCUCAUCGACGCCGCGGCCUGUGCCGGGCUGGCGCUGCCUCACUCGCCCUACUGGCUCGGGCUGACGGUCGGCGGCUUGAUCUCCACGGGCGCGCACGGGAGCUUCCUGUGGGGCAAGGGCUCUGCCGUGCACGAGUACGUCGGCGGGAUGAGGGUUGUGACCCCGGCACCGCCGAGUGAGGGGUAUGCCAAGGUCCGGGUGCUGGUCGACGGCGACACGGAGCUGAACGCGGCCAAGGUGUCACUCGGGACACUCGGUGUCAUUUCUCAGAUCACUCUGGCACUGCAACCAGUGUUCAAGCGUUCGGUGACGUUCAAGAAGCGCAACGAUUCCGACCUGGCCGAACGAGUCGUGGCCUUCUCCAGCGAGCACGAGUUCGCCGACAUCUUCUGGUACCCAGGCCACGGUCUGGCUGUCUACAGGAUGGAUGACCGCGUCCCCGUCAACACCGCCGGUGAUGGCACGAUGGAUUUCAUCGGCUUCCGGCCGACACCUACGCUCCCAAUCCAGUCUGCUAGGCUCACUGGUACGUUCAUCUCCUUGUCACAUGCACGAUAUGAAGAGGACAUCGUGGAGGCCAACAGGGAUGCCGGGGCCAGAUGCGCCGCCGCCCCAGGGAUAGAAACACUCUUCACCACUCCAAACUACGGCCUAACGACGACGACGACGCACGGCCUGCUGCCGACGGCGACGGUCCUCGGCGACACGGUGGUGGGCUACCAGAACCACAUCCAGUCCUCGGGGCGCUGCCUCACCGGCACCGAGGACGACGCUCUGCUCACCGCCGCCUGCCCGUGGGACCGGCGCGUCGCCAAAGGCAUAUUCUACCUCCAGGCGGGCAUCACCGUGCCCGUGUCCAAGGUCGCCGGCCUCAUCCGCGACGUGCAGAUGCUGCGGGACCUGAACCCGGCCGCGUUCUGCGGCUUCGAGGUGUACGGCGGCAUCCUCCUGCGGUACGUGAGGUCCUCCACGGCGCUCCUCGGGAAGCUGGAGGACAGCGUGGACUUCGACAUGACCUACUACCGGAGCCGGGCCCCCGCGGCGCCGCGGCUGCACGAGGACGUCAUGGAGGAGAUCGAGCAGAUGGCGCUGCUCAAGUACGGCGGCCUGCCGUACUGGGGCAAGAACCGGAAAGCCGCCUUCGAAGGCGCCAUCGGCAGGUACGGCGCGCGCGCCGAGGAGUUUUUGAAGGUGAAGCGGCGUUACGACCCGGACGGGCUGUUAUCGAGCGAGUGGAGCGACCAGGUGCUGGGAGUCGGCGGCGGAGGCGGUGUCAGCGUGGUGAAGGAUGGGUGCGCGCUCGAGGAGCCGUGCGUGUGUUCACAGGACGCUCACUGCGCGCCGAACAAGGGAUACUACUGUGAGCCGGGAAGGGUGUACACGGAGGCUAGGGUGUGCCGGUACCGUCAUAAUUUCUACUAUAUGGAUCCGGUUGCAUUGGAUCAAGCAAAUCCACCAGGGUUAUAG